AGCAGGGACAGGCCGGGGUGGAGGCGCCGGGAGCAGCAACCGGAGCCCUGACGCGCGCGGAUCAUUGCUCUAUGGGCACAGGGAGUCGUUGAGCGCGAGAAGAGCCCGCUCCCGCCGCCGCCCCGCACCUUGCGCGCCCCGCUCCUCGCGCAGCACCGCUUGGCUCUCCAGGCCCACGCCCCGCGCCCCGCACCACCAUGAACCACUCUCCGCUCAAGACCGCCUUGGCCUACGAAUGCUUCCAGGAUCAGGACAACUCGACGCUGGCUCUGCCGUCCGACCAGAAGAUGAAGACCGGUACGUCGGGCCGGCAGCGCGUGCAAGAGCAGGUGAUGAUGACCGUCAGGAGGCAGAAAUCCAAGUCGUCCCAGUCGUCCACCCUGAGCCACUCCAACCGAGGUUCCCUGUACGAUGGCCUGGCUGACAAUUACAACAACUACGGGACCGCCAGUCGGGGCAGCUACUACACCAAGUUCCAGGCGGGCAACGGCUCGUGGGGCUAUCCGAUCUACAACGGGACCCUCAAGCGGGAGGCGGACAACAGGCGCUUCAGCUCCUACAGCCAGAUGGAGAGCUGGGGCCGGCACUACCCCCGCAGUGGCUGCCAUGCCCCGGGCGCGGGCAGCGACAUCUGCUUCAUGCAGAAGAUCAAAGCCAGCCGCAGCGAGCCCGACCUCUACUGCGAUCCCCGGGGCACCCUGCGCAAGGGCACGCUGAGCAGCAAGGGCCACAAGACCACCCAGAACCGCUACAGCUUCUACAGCACCUGCAGCGGCCAGAAGGCCGUCAAGAAGUACCCGGUGUGCCCGCCCUCCUGCAGCAAGGACCUGUCCUUCAGCCACUCGAGGGCCAGCUCCAAGAUCUGCAGUGAGGAUAUUGAGUGCAGCGGGCUGACCAUCCCCAAGGCCGUGCAGUACCUGAGCUCGCAGGAUGAGAAGUGCCAGGCCAUUGGUGCCUACUACAUCCAGCACACCUGCUUCCAGGACGAGUCUGCCAAGCAGCAGGUGUACCAGCUGGGGGGCAUCUGCAAGCUGGUGGAACUCCUGCGCAGCCCCAACCAGAACGUGCAGCAGGCUGCGGCCGGGGCCCUGCGCAACCUGGUGUUCCGCAGCACCACCAACAAGCUGGAGACGCGCCGGCAGAACGGCAUCCGCGAGGCCGUCAGCCUCCUGGGGAGAACCAGGAGCACAGAGAUCCAGAAGCAGCUGACUGGGCUGCUGUGGAACCUGUCCUCCACGGAUGAGCUCAAGGAGGAGCUGAUCGCAGAAGCCCUGCCGGUCCUGGCCAACCGAGUCAUCAUCCCCUUCUCCGGCUGGUGUGACGGCAACAGCAACCUGUCCCGGGACACCGUGGACCCCGAGGUCUUCUUCAACGCGACAGGCUGCUUGAGGAACCUGAGCUCCGCGGAUGCGGGCCGCCAGACCAUGCGAAACUACACGGGGCUCAUUGACUCCCUCAUGGCCUAUGUCCAGAACUGCGUGGCGGCCAGUCGCUGUGAUGACAAGUCUGUGGAGAAUUGCAUGUGUAUCCUGCACAACCUCUCCUAUCGCCUGGAUGCCGAGGUGCCCACCCGCUACCGCCAGCUGGACUACAAUGCCCGUAACACCUACACCGAGAAGUCCUCCACGGGCUGCUUCAGCAACAAGAGUGACAGGAUGAUGAACAACAACUACGACUGCCCGCUUCCCGAGGAGGAGCCCAACCCCAAGGGCAGCAGCUGGCUGUACCACUCCGACGCCAUCCGCACCUACCUAAACCUCAUGGGCAAGAGCAAGAAGGACGCCACCCUGGAGGCGUGCGCAGGCGCCCUGCAGAACCUAACAGCCAGCAAGGGGCUGAUGUCCAGUGGCAUGAGCCAGCUGAUCGGGCUGAAGGAGAAGGGCCUGCCGCAAAUCGCCCGCCUCCUGCAGUCUGGCAACUCAGACGUGGUGCGGUCUGGUGCCUCCCUCCUAAGCAACAUGUCCCGCCACCCUGUGCUGCACAGAGUGAUGGGGAACCAGGUAUUCCCAGAGGUGACCCGCCUCCUCACCAGUCACACCGGCAACACCAGCAACUCAGAAGACAUCUUGUCGUCGGCCUGCUACACCGUGAGGAAUCUGAUGGCCUCCCAGCCACAGAUGGCCAAGCAGUACUUCUCCAGCAACAUGAUCAACAAUGUCAUCAACCUGUGUCGCAGCAGUGCCUCCCCCAAGGCUGCAGAGGCUGCCCGACUCCUCCUGUCUGACAUGUGGUCCAGCAAGGAGCUGCAGGGGGUCCUCCGACAGCAAGGCUUCGACAGGAACAUGUUGGGAGCUUUUCCCGGGACCAACACCUUCAGGAACUUCACCUCCCGGUUCUAAGAGGCUGCCCACGCAAGCUCAGCUUGCAGACGUGACGUGACUAGCUGAGAAGCCACGGGUCUUCUGCCCACCUGCACAGUAUUCGGAAACAUUCAAACACAGCUGAAAGCAAAUCGGGAUGCUGUGGAUAAUGAAAAUAUUUUUAGAUUCCUUUUUUUCCGGGGGUGGGGGGGGA